AUGAACUCCACCUUGGUUGGUAACCAGAGUGGGCGGCCAUUCUGCCUCCUGGCCAUUAGCUACUUGGAGACUGUCAAUUUUUGCCUCCUGGAAGUGAUUAUAAUAGUGUUUCUCACCGUGCUGAUCAUUUCAGGCAAUAUUAUAGUGAUAUUUGUCUUUCACUGUGCACCUUUACUGAACCAUCACACCACCAGCUACUUCAUCCAGACGAUGGCAUAUGCUGACCUCCUGGUGGGUGUGAGCUGUCUGGUGCCUUCUUUGUCCUUACUCCACUAUCCCAUUGUUUUGAGAGAGUCCUUGGUCUGCCAGGUCUUUGGUUAUGUGGUAUCAGUGCUCAAAAGCGUCUCCAUGGCCUCUCUGGCUUGCAUUAGCAUUGAUAGAUACAUUGCCAUCACCAAACCACUGACCUACAAUACUCUGGUCACCCCGUGGAGACUCCGCGUCUGCAUCCUGAUCAUUUGGCUGUACUCCUGUGUAGUCUUCUUACCUGCCUUCUUUCACUGGGGAAAGCCUGGAUAUCAUGGGGAUGUGUUUCAGUGGUGCGCCGACUCCUGGUACACUGAUCGCUAUUUCACUCUCUUCAUCGUCAUGAUGCUCUAUGCCCCUGCUGCUUUCAUCGUCUGCUUCACAUACUUCAAUAUCUUCCGCAUCUGCCAGCAGCACACCAAGGAAAUCAAUGAAAGGCGAGUGCGCUUCAGCUCCCAGGAUGGGGAGGCUGGGGAGGCACAGCACUGCCCCGAUAAGCGCUAUGCCAUGGUUCUCUUCCGCAUCACCAGUGUCUUCUAUAUCCUCUGGUUGCCCUACAUCAUCUAUUUUUUGCUGGAGAGCUAUGCUGUCUAUAGAAACCACACUGCAUCCUUUUUGACCACUUGGCUUGCCAUUAGCAACAGUUUCUGCAACUGUGUCAUUUACAGUCUCUCCAACAGUGUUUUUCAGAAGGGGCUCAAGCGCCUCUCGGGAGUUGUUUGCGCCUCUUGCGCAAGACAGAGGGUAGUUAAGGACUCCUCAACCUCUAGGAGCAAAAGACCUUCCAAUGGAUGCCAUGUUUAA